CGCGCGACGGCCUCUUCUCCGCGGCCGCGCGCGCGCGCGAUCGGCGCGAUUGUUUUCCGAACGCACUCGCUCUCACUAGGUUAAGUGACCGCGCUUCUGACCGAAAGUGCUCCGUUAAAAACUCACGGUCGGCCUCGUGCGGCCGUCGAACGUCUCGCGGGAGGAAAGAUCGAACGUCAGACUCGUCGAUCGGUCGUCGGUCGAACGGUGUAUCUGCUUAACGGAGACCAAGAGAGGGAAUUUUGUAGGGUGAGACAAAAAUGCCUGCGGUCAGUGUAUGCGAUCCUAUCGCGGCCAGGCUCCACUGCGCUUUGAACGGCAGUCCGUCCAAGACCUCGGACGAUCUGUCGCUGGAGCUGGUGAGCAAUGCCUCGCGGAUCAUGCAAACGGAGAUCCGUUACGAGGAAUUGAAGGAUUUCCAAGCGACGAGUCAGGUACAGGCCAACUGCAACAUCUUCCUCAACCUGUCCCCUUCCGAGAAUUUAGACGGGAGCAAAGCGAAGGAUGGUGUUGGCUACAAGAAAAAAAAUGACCCAAACAAAGGGCUGGUUUUGCCGGAACCGGCUGUCACCCUGUACUCCCCCAAGAAGGUCCAUCUCGGAUGGAAAGGCACGUGUCCGGUCGGAGCUGGCAUGUAUAACGUUGGGAAUACUUGUUAUCUGAACAGCACUCUUCAAGCGUUGUUUCACGUUCCGGCUCUCGUCAACUGGCUGCUGUCUGAUCCGCAUCAUAAUUCCAAGUGCGAACAAAACAUUUUAGAUGGCGGUGGGGAAUGCCUUACGUGUGCAGUGGCCAAGACUCUACAGUUCAGUCAUCAGAAGUCUGGCGGUGCGAUCAAACCGUUUUACAUAUAUAAUAAAUUAAAGCUCAUUUGCCGAACUAUGGUGCCUGGACAACAAGAAGAUGCUCACGAAUUUUUACGCUAUUUAUUGGAGGGGAUGGAACGCGCGUAUUUGACUAGGCAUAAAGCGACUAAGUUGGAUAACUACUCUAAGGAAACGACACCUAUUAAUCAAAUAUUCGGUGGCUAUAUACGUACUGAAGUAAAGUGCCUGCAAUGUCAACAUGUAUCUACCACGUUUCAACACUUUCAAGAUUUGCUUGUGGAUAUACGCAAGGCGAAUACACUGGACGAAGCAUUAAAUAGUUACUUCAGUAGAGAACAGUUGGACAACAAUGACUAUAAAUGUGAAGCCUGUAAGAGAAGAGUUCCUGCCACCAAGCAGUUCACGCUGGAGCGCCCGCCAAAAGUGUUGUGUGUACAGUUGAAACGAUUUAGCUUUUUAGGGGGAAAAAUAUCUAGACACAUCGGUUUCAAACAGACUAUAGAUAUGGGCCAGUAUUUGUGGAGAGAACCGGGCGAAUCUCCCAAACAGCUAACUUAUAAACUUAUGUCGAUGGUGACGCACAUGGGCCCUUCCGUAAAUUGCGGCCACUAUACGGCGGUUGCGCAAGUGUCGAGCGGUCAAUAUUAUUCCUUCGACGACUCUUGCGUUCGUCCAAUAAGCCUUAAUAAUGUAUUAAGUACAAACGCGUACAUUAUGAUUUUCGAAAUGGAAAACUAUAGCCAAAAUCAACAGAUCGCGAAAAUGAACGGCACGACAGUCGCGAAGACUGUGCCGACUUCGCUGUCCAAUUCUACGAAUAAACCUCCCGUAUCCAGAGCCUCGACGUCCGCUGGAUGCUCGAACGGAUCGUCAAGCGGAUUGUUAAACAACCUCAGUAAUUCGAGUAAAACGACGUUAAUCGGUCCGCAGCUCCCCCCGCAAAGAAGUAUAGAAUUAAAUCUUCCUGUACAAAAAUCCAAUGACGCUAUUAGUACGCAAUUAUCACAGAAAACACAGGAAAAGUCGCAGCCAAGGUUAGUCGUGCACAAUAAAAACGGAAAGGUUCUGAAUGGAAACAGUUUGGUGCCCUAUGACGCCGGGUCCAGUGAGGAAGAGGACAAUUGUUCCUCCGAGUCGGGGACUUCGAAAAAUCAAACGUCGAAUACCGCGUCCCGAAUUAAUGUCACGAACGGUGUGCCAAAAUGCCUUCUCGCGAAAGAUGUAACGAAAACAAUCUCCAAUUCGAAAGAGUUACAGAAAACUAAUUCCAAGAGCAAUACCAACGGCGUGUCGACAACAACGAUGCAAGUUACGAUUGUAGACUGUACAAAAAAUGGAUCUAACAGCAACGGCCGGAUAAGCGUGCUGAAGCAUCAAAAUGGGAAAACGGACACGAAUGGUCAGUCGGAGCAACGCGAUAAAGAGUGGCGCCAGACUGUCAGAAUUAAAAAUGGACAAGAGGAGACUGUAUCUACGAAGGCUACAACUAACAAUGUUAAAAGCUGGCAAGCUAAGGACAGAGGGGACUUUACUCCCAGUGGCUCGUCGUCCAAUGGAUGGUCGCAUUCUGAGACGAGUAAUUCGACGCCGAGUGCCGCGGCUGUGCGAAAUUUUAACGGUACCAAUCGCUCGGAUACCGUUUCACACUUAAUGAAAAUGUCGCAUCGCGGAUACGGCAGUUCCUCAGUAACGAAUUGGAAUGGCAAUAGAACGCAGCUCGACCGCGACGUCGAUAACGACAGACGAGAAGAACGUAAACGUCAUUUUAACGCGGACGACGAGGAGAUAGAUAAGGGUCGGACAAAGAAGGUCAAGGACUACACGAAUCGUCGGUACGAGGAUAGGUCCAGCUACAAUUCAUUCCAAGGACACCAAAACAAAACCUGGAAUCGAUUUAACUUUAAUCAUCCUCGAAGACAACAUUACAAUACUUCCUAUCCGCGGUCGCGGCACGGGAACAAUUAUAGACCGUCACGUUAUAGAUUUCACCCUAGAUAUCACUUAUAGAUAUCGAAUGCUCAUUCUCGCUGCCACCAGCAGCGUGGGCGAUCGGCAAAGGUUUUAGAAACUAUAUCGACAGUUCAGAAAGCGACCAGUUUCAAUAGACUGUGCUAUUAUACACUGAUUGAUUUUGUAGAAUAGUUAUCAUUUUUCAAUAUGAAAGUGAAUUUGGAAAUAAUGAACUGUUGAAUUUCGACAGUUUGUAUGUUCAUUCGAAUGAUGACUCAUUUAUGGUGGUUCAUUCAAGAAACAUAAUGCAUGUUCCUGAUAAACUUGUGGCAUUUUUUGCCCCUAUGUUGCAUAAGUUUGGUACACAUGUAUAUCGUAUGGAUCGAUCCAUGGGGGAUGAGUAUCACCAACUGUACCAUUUUGUGUUCAACGUGGAUUAUUAAUUAUAGAAAAUUAUAAUUUUUUUUUUCUGAUCAUGAUUUAUGAACAACUAGCUGUAGUUUUGAGAUACAUGUUCACCAUUAAAUUCUCAUGAGACGUUUGCGAAAUUGAAUAUAAUAAUUGUUAAUAUUAGAAUGUGAACAGUUCAUUUUUAGGGAAAAAAUGAAAUAAUUUAAAAAUAAACAACAUUAUCAGAAUUUUAACUAACUUAAAUGAGUAAUUCCAAAUUACAUUUAGUAAGUAAAAAAAUAAUUCGUUGCUAGAUUAUUUAUCUAAAAUAUUGAAUAAAACUCUCGUCUAUUGUACUUUAUUCCUUUUACAAGCAAUGAUAAAAUAAUACAAAAAAUUUUUAUUGGCAAUAUAAAAAGGAAAUUUUAAAAGGGAAAAUGCUUUUGUGUUAAAUUUCUGAAUACGUAAAAUUUAAGUAGCAAGGAAGCAAUUUAUUCUAUAUCCUUCUAAGAGAAUGAAAUAUUUAUAAUAAAUUAAAUUGCAUAUAUGUAAUUAUAUGUAAUGAUCCGUCCUCUUUUUAGUAGAGGUACUCUUCCCCAUGUUAGGAAACAAUGUUAAAGGAAACAGCCAUUCUAGGAAACGACUAGAUAUGAUAAUUGGGUUUGUUGUGGCGUUUUGAAUCAAAUUGUGCAGAUUGCAAAUCAGCACGUUUGAUGGCAGUAUCGCGCGAUUUUCUUUUACUAUAAAUGGCACAUACCUUGUCAGUAAGUGCGAAUUUAAAUAUGUUUUUAAGUGUUUCUACUGCGAUUAUUAAGGUAACUGUGUAUAACUAAAUAAGUAACAUAUACAGUUAUAACAGUUAAUAAUAAUAUUAAUAAUACCGAACAUGUGUAAUGUAAUGAUAUGUACAUUACUUAUGAUAUAAUGAGCCCAGGAGCGCUUAUAACGUUAAGAAAUCACUAUUAAUGGUUAAAAUUACAAAGCCAUAAGUUAAUUUUUUAAGCGACCCGUGAGUCAAUUCUCAAUUAUCUCACCCCUUAUACGAUACCUCAUUACAUCAUCUGAUAACAAAAAAAAACUAAUGUUAGCCGAACGUAAGGGAGAUGUCGUAUAUCAAUGAAAUUAAUACGCGAUGUUAUAAAGUGACUUAUACGCUAUACGAGCAAAUCGACGCCAGAUUUAUGUACAUGUACGAAAGGACAACAACAGUGUCGUUUAUAUAAGCCAUAACAAUCAAUAAAAAGAAACCAACUGAA